UGGAAGAGAAGCAGGUCAGCACGAAAUAUACACCCGAGAGUCUUUCCACUUGGCUUUGGAGUUUAUAAGGGCGAUCGCAAGAAGUUUUCUUGUCGAGGACAGGAUUAACCCCCACACACACCCCGUGGAUGGUUUCAACCACCUGGAUUAUAUCUUCCCAUUCGGACUGGGGAAUAUUUGGAACAGGGUGCUCUAAGUAAAUGCACGCGCCGACUUCGGCAGCUCCAGCCAGAAGCACGUCCUUGGACAACCUGAGGAAUUAAACGUCAGUCCCAGGAAGAGUUCGCAGCCUUAAGUAAAUAGAGUAGGACGAUGGCAGCCCUGCAUCUCUUUGGCUUGACGUUUGCCUUAACGAUUAUUCUGCAGAGGGUAUCCGGCUCAGGCGUCUUCCAACUGGAGCUGCGCGAGUUUGUUAACGGCCAGGGCUCCCUAGCUAGCGGAGAGCCCUGCGUGGCAGGCUGUAGGACCUUCUUUCGCAUUUGCUUGAAGCACUUUCAGACCGUCAUUUCUCCGGGUUCCUGUACCUUCGGAAGCAUCAGCACCCCUGUGCUGGGAAUCAACUCCUUCACCAUCAAAGAAACAGAGGGAUUUGGCAGCCCCAUAAAGUUACCUUUUAACUUCACCUGGCCGGGAACUUUCUCAUUGAUCAUUGAAGCCUGGCACGCUCCUGAAGGUUACCUUCCAGCAGGUUCCGAGCCGCCAGCCCAGAAGUGGCUCAUCAGCCAGAUGGCGAUCCAGCGGUCCCUGCCGGUGAGCGAGGACUGGCUCCGGGACGAGCAGAGCAGCGAGGGGGCCAAGCUGAGCUACUCCUAUCGCGUGGUGUGCAACGAGCAUUACUACGGGGACAAUUGCUCCCGCCUCUGCCGAGGCCGCGAUGACCACUUCGGCCACUACCUCUGUGAAUCGGACGGCAGCCUCGCUUGCAUGACGGGCUGGACCGGGAACUAUUGUACCGAAGCUAUCUGUUUAGCUGGAUGUACAGAGAAAAGUGGAUUUUGCAGAAAUCCAGGAGAGUGCAUCUGUCGCAGUGGUUGGCAGGGCCGUUAUUGUGAUGAAUGCGUUCCUCAUGCAGGUUGUCGCCAUGGGUCAUGUAAGAAACCAGGGGAGUGCAUAUGUGAUGAAGGCUGGGGAGGCCUUUUCUGUGACCAAGAUCUGAACUACUGCACCCAUCAUAGACCCUGCAAAAAUGGAGCCACUUGCAUGAACACUGGCCAAGGUAGUUAUACAUGUUCCUGCAAAGAGGGCUUCACUGGCAUUGACUGUGAACGGAAUAUCAGUGAAUGUGACAGUAACCCCUGCAAAAAUGGAGGAACUUGCACGGAUUUGGGGAAAGAUUAUAAAUGUACAUGCCCCCCAGGAUAUGACGGUGUUAACUGUGAGCAUAGUGCCUUGACUUGUGCUGACUCUCCAUGUUUUAAUGGCGGCACAUGCCUAGAAAAGGAAAAAGGAACCAGCUAUGCUUGCCUGUGCCCUAUGGGCUUUACAGGGUCCAAUUGUGAAAAAAAAGAAGACAGAUGUACUAAUAAUCCAUGUGCAAAUGGUGGACAGUGCUUUCUUUUGGGCUUGAUGCGUGUGUGUCGCUGCAGGCCUGGAUUCUCUGGUCAGAAGUGCGAGAUAAAUAUCAGCAAGUGUUCCAGAAAUCCAUGUUCCAAUGGAGGAACUUGUCAUGACCUUGUGACUACACAUGAUUAUACAUGUACUUGCUUGCCAGGUUACACUGGCAGGAAUUGUGAUAUCAGAACUAGAGAUGGAUGUGCCUCUGGGCCAUGCCAGAAUGGAGGAACAUGCUAUUUUGGUCUUUAUGCUACCAGUUUUGCCUGCCACUGCCCUAUUGGCUUCAUGGGAAGCCACUGUGAAUUUCCAGCAUAUCAGGUUGAUACAGAGCUUCCUAAACCAGUUCCAUGGGUAGCUAUAUCAAUGGGAGUUGGGCUAGUUGCCCUUCUCAUAUUGUGCUGCAUGAUAGCUAUAGUUAUCCGGCAGAUGCAGAGGCAUCCAGAGCAGAAUUCAGAAACAAUGAACAAUUUGUCAGACUUCCAAAAAGAAAAUCUCAUCCCAGCUUCUCAGCUUAAAAACACAAAUAAAAACAAAGACCUUGAAGUAGACUGUGCACUGGAGAAAUCAAACUACAAACCUAAGAAUCACACAUUGGAUUAUAACCUGGUGAAGGAACUGACAAGCAGAAGCACUCAGGAAGAUAAAUACCAUAAAAGUGAAAAGUGUAUAGGAGAGAAAUCACCUUUCUGGUUACGCAGUGAAAAGCCAGAAUGCAGAAUAUCAGCAAUAUGCUCACCAAGGGAUUCCAUGUACCAGUCUGUCUUUGUGAUAACAGAGGAACGAAAUGAGUGUGUUAUAGCAACAGAGGUAUAAGAAUGAAGGCAGUUCUGUUUGCACCUCUGAUUCGGAGAUGCCACAAGGUGGAUGUUCCCGCUACAUUGUUUACAAUUCAGAAUUGGAUUGGACUUAGACUAUUAAUUAUAUGCAAUUUGCUGCUCUCAGGAGGAGAAGGAAAGGAUGGAAGUGGGUGAACUGGACAGAAAGUGAAUUUAUUAAAAGAUGCAAUAGACCUUUUUGUUCCCUUUUCCCGGUCUGAUUCAAGGAACGUAACUGACUACAAGGAGAGAGACUGAAAUGACAUCUUUUACUAGCAUUUGAAAUUAUAUUGCUACCAGUUGCUUCUGAACUGUUUUGAAGUUUCUGGAAAUUCAGUCUUGGGAAGUGCCCGUAAGUGCAAAAGGCACUCAGCCAUCACGGAUGUAUACCAACAAUGUCCUGAGAAGAAUGAAUUAAUAAAGAAACAAAUGUUGCUAUGCAGAUAAUGGAUACAAAUUAAAAGAGUUACUUCUGGAUAUGAAAGUGCCUAAAGCUUGUCUGAGAAUCUAGAGUCCAAAUCAAGAUACCCAAGCAGUAUUGACCAGGGGUAGAUGAUAACCCUCUUCUUGCUCAUCUACUUUACAUCCCCGUUCCCCUUCCAUGUAUUCCAGGCAAUGUAAGGGCAGAGAGGAUAAAGGGAAGAUGGAUCUAGAAGUAGUAUAUUAUCUCAUAUGAUGAUGGUUUGGUGAACCAAGCAGUAAUAUUAUGGAUUUGGUCCUUUUUCUGUACCACAGCCAUAUCCAUUAACUUAAAAUGAAUGUUGCCUCCUCCUCCUCAAUAUGAGGAUGCUUAAUUCCAGUACUCAUUGAAAGCCUUACAAGUGCAUUUAAAAUCAAUCAACUGUAUUCACAUCCUUUGCACUCUAGUCACCACAAACAGAAGUGUGUUUCUUCUCCUUCAUAUGCAUCAGGAAGGAUUUUGGAUUUUGUUAUAUAUUUGAAUCUACUUCAGUCACACCCAAUCUCAAAGUCCAAACAGCCUGUUGCCACAGCUGGUGAAGCAGUAAUUAUCUCUAGCCCUGCUACAGAACCACUACUAUCUACAGCUCACAACCCCUUUUCCAAAUGCUUAACAGAAAUACAGAAAUCGAGGUGACUUCUGGAAGGACAUACCGUGAGGAAAAUUUUAAAUCUUUUGGUUUGUCCUGCUUUUUCAUUUACAUUUCUGCAAGGAAAGGAAUAAGGUUACAUCUUUGAGUCCAAAAGAACAAUUCACACAGACUAACGUAUACAUUUACAGCAAUAAUAAUAGACGUUUCAGAUAGGAAGUGCUGUGAUGUUUGUAGUGAUAAACAAAUACUGUGGGAAAGAGAACAUGGCGGAAGCAGCAAGAGGAAGCAAAUUCUCAUUCAAGGAAGCUGUGAUUGUGCUUUCUGGGGUGGAAAAGUUCCUGACCUUGUAAAUCUCAGUGUUAGAUUAGUCCACCUACACUCUUGAAUUGUGCAAGGAAAUCUUGCUUGGAAUGUUCACUACUGACCUUCUGUUCUGGCCAUUAUGAAGAUGACCUUCAGAAAUCAAUAAUAUGGUUUAUAUUAGUGUCUGUAGUUUAUUUUGAAGUCUAGUAUUCAGUAAUUUAAAGAAAAUCAGAAGCACUGAACUUUCUACAUUUUGUAACAUUAUUUUGUAUAUAAUGUAUAUUUAUAAUCAAACAAGUGUAAAUAUGUUUAUUACUUCUCAUGCAAUGUUUUUAUGUG